AUGGCCCUCGUCCGACGCCUCGUCCACUGCACUCGCCCGCAGUUGGCCAGAUCGUUCAUCACCCUUCCGGACCUCUCCUCACUCUCCCCGUUCUCUGGCCAAGACGGCAACAACCAAGGCUCGCAGGUGUAUCACGAGCGCAAGGUCUUUCCAUAUUCGCAAAGACAGCUGUACGAGCUCGUCGCCGACGCGUCUUCGUAUCCACGGUUCCUCCCGUUCUGUACCAAUGCGCGGGUGCUCAGUAAGAAGCCGCACCCGUCCGAUGCCGGGCACCUGAAUAUGGACGUCGAGCUCACCGUCGGCUUCCUGAACUUCACGGAGAGCUACAUCAGCAAAGUCACCCUUCGGCCUUAUGAGUCGGCCGUCGCUGCGUCAUCGACACCUGUCUUCAAGACGCUGGACACCAUCUGGCGCUUCCAGCCGGCGCCGCCCCAGUCGCCGCCUCCCGGAUCAAGGAUCUCUUCGAGCACAACUUCUACUGCGGCGGGGCCGACGCUUGUGACUCUGGACCUCAAGUUUGCCUUCGCAAGCCCCGUUCACGCGGCCGUCUCUGCGUCAGUCUUUGGUCAAGUCUCCAAGAUGAUGGUCCAAGCCUUCGAACAGCGGUGUCAAGAAAUCUACGGUCUGGAUGAAACAUAG